AUGGUACUCCUUCUUCUCCUCCUCUCCAUUCUCAUCCUCCUCUUCCUACUCCUACCACACUUACUCCUCCACUUUAUCUCUUCUUCCUCUUCCUCCUCUUCCUCCUCCACUUCAUCCUCCUCCUUCUCUUAUUCCUUCUACUCCUUCUCCUGCUUCUGCUCAUCUUCUUCCUCCACUUACUUUUCCUCUUGCUCUUCCUUCUCCUCCUCCUCCUUCUCCUUCUCCUUCUCCUUCUCCUUAUUCUCCUCCUCUUCCUUCUCCUCCUCCUUCUCCUCUUCAUUCUCCUCCUCUUCCUUCUUCCCCUUCUUCUCUUCAUUCUCCUCUUCCUUCUUCCCCUUCUUCUCUUCAUUCUCCUUUUCCUCUUCCUUCUCCUCCAACCCCUUUUUAUCCUUUACUUACUUCUCCUCCUCCUCUUUCUUCUUCUCCUCCUCCUUCUCCUCAUGUUCCUCCUCCUCCUCCUUCUCUUCCUUUUUCUUCCUCCUCCUUUUUUUCCUUCUCUUUCUCUCCUUCAUUCUCCUCCUCUUCCUUCUUCUCCUCCUCCUCUUCCUUCUCGCUCCUUCUCGUCCUCCUCUUCCUACUUCUCCUCCUCUUUCUCCUUCUCCUCCUUCUCUUUCUUCUCUUCCUCCUCCUUCUCCUUCUCCUCUUUAUUCUCCUCCUCUUCCUUCUUCUCCUUCUCCUCUUCAUUCUCCUCCUCCUCUUCCUUUUCCUCUUCCUCCUCCUCUUCCCCCUCCUUCUACCACUCUUCCUCCUCCACUUCCUUCUUCUUGUCCUCCUCCACCUCCUUCUCCUCUUCCUCCUUCUUUUCUUCCUUUUCUUUUUCUUACUUUUUGUCCUCGUCAUCCUUUUCCUCCUCCUCUUCCAUCUUCUCCACCUCCUCCUUCUCCUCCUUUUUCUUUUCCUCCUAUUCUUCUUUCUCCUUCUCCUCUUCCUCCUCCUUUUCUUCUUCCUUCUCCUUCUUCUCUUCCUUCUUGCUUCUCCUUUUUCUCUUCUUACUCCUCUUUCUUCUCCUCUUCCUCUUCCUUCUCCUCCUCCUCUUCCUUCUCCUCCUCCUCUUCCUCCUACUUUUCCUCUUCCUUCUUGCUUCUCCUCUUUCUCCUCUUACUCCUCUUUCUUCUUCUCUUCCUCUACCUUUUCCUCCUCCUCCUUCUUCUUCCACCGCUCUCUCCACUCGCCUCAACUCUCAGACUCGACUCAACCUGCUACCCACUCAGCGGCCAUUGCCCAUCUCCGUCGGCCAGUGCUAGACGCCUCACCGGCGCGUCCGGCCUCGUUUCCUCGGUCGACUCGAUCGUGGCGCUACCCACCAACCGGCCUUCCACUUCCCUCCUCCUCCCCACCGAGGCCCACCGACAACCGAGCUUGAGUCCCGCCGACCUGCUCGCAUCCACCGGUCUCCCACCCUUCCCAUCCCUCCCACCUCUCCCACCCCUUCUCCCACCAGCACUCGAGACCACCUGUCCGACCGCACUCUCCUCCGACUCGCUCCCUUCACUUUUGACCUGUCCAGUCGCCGGGGGACUCGACUCCACCACCGGUCUCGGACAGACUCCGGCCACCAGCGGCCUCCUCAUGACGCCCGGCUUCCCCAGCGCCUCGGCCCUUCUCCUCCUCACCGGAAACCAGUAUCAACAUCAGCAUCAGCAUCAACAUCAGCAUCAACAUCAACAUCAACAUCAAUAUCAACAACACCUACAGCGUCAUACACACCCACAGCCGCAUCACCACCAACAACACCUCGCGCCAGCCACAAGUCCACACACUCAGUCGCACAUGCAGGCCCCCAGUUAUGCAGACCACCCUAUGCUGGAGCAUACACAUACACACCUUCCCGCUCACAUACAAACACCUGCACAGGUAUUUACACACACAAAUGCACAAAUGCACAUACAUGCACACACCGCACACUCACAGACACAAAUGCAUACAAUGACACAACAACAACAACAACAACCCCAACCACAUCCAAACCCAUAUCCGCAUUCACAUUCACACUCAAACGCACAAGCGCACACAAACACACAGGCACAUGCACAUGCGUUGGCACACUCACAUGGUCUAGCACAGGCCUAUUCGCCCAUCAACAGUCUCGGCCUCGACACCGUCUACUCCUCAGGCCCGAGCUCGCCGCCCGGCGCCAGUCUGGACGGCAAACUGAAAAAAGCCCGACACAGGUGA